AAUGAACUAACUAAUGGAUAAAUAUUCAAAAAUACAUAUGUGUUUUCUUGUUUGCGUGUGUAGAUAACAUUUUCCAAGUAAUGGUGGAUGAGUCUAAAUACAAGGAUGGAGGAUGGGCAUGGGUGGUUGUUUUUGGUGCAUUCAUAUCUCAUUUUAUGACAUGUGGAUUUGAAAAGGGAUAUUCUGUCCUCUAUGUGGAAAUUAUUCGUGUAUAUAAUACAAGUGCGGCUCUCGCUGCUGCUCUCGGAGGUUUAGCAUCUGCAGUUCGACUGUUAUUAGCCCCUCUAUCCGUUUCCUUAAGUAAUAUAUACUCUGAACAAAAAGUGGCUAUGGCAGGAGGCUUAUUGACAUUUGUUGGUCUUCUAACAGCAGCACUGAGUCCUCAUUUUACCAUAUUUUUCAUUGCAUAUGGAGCUGUAUUUGGUUUCGGAUUAACUCUUUCUUAUACUCCCUCCUUGGUUGUAUGUACGCAUUACUUCCACAAACGUCGUGCGACGGCUCUCAGUCUUUCUCUGGCUGGAUGUGGCGUCGCAACUAUCGUUCUACCGUAUCUAUUUUACUUCCUAAUCAGUUAUUACGGACUACGUGGUGCUAUGAUUAUUCUUUCUGCGUUGAGUCUCCAUUACUGUGUUGCUGGUGCCUUAUACUACCAAAGAGAAUCGAAGAAAGAUAAUGUACAGGAUUCAGAGUCUUCAAAAGUCCAAUUAAGCAUAUUUUCAAGAUUUGUGAAAUAUAUCAGUCGUCUGUUAAAUAUUAAGGUUGCUUCAGGAAUAUGGGUGAAGAUAUUUUUACUUUCAUUCAUUUUGAAUAUGAUGGGUUCAUCGCCGGUAACAACACUUCUCAUAGAUCAUGCAGAACAGCUUGGGUAUGUCGGUGGCAGUUCAGUUCAAUUACUUAUGAUUGAAGGCACUGUUCAAUUAGUCGUGAGAAUAGCAUUGGGAUUUUUCUUUGACAAUCGUUAUAUUAAACCAUAUCGAGGUCUUAUCUGGACUGGUGGUGUAGCCUUUUCAUCCCUAAUUAUUAUUUUUAUUGCAUUUGCUACUGAUUUGAGAAUACUAUCAACUCUUAUGUUCUUUAGAGGUGCAUCAUUAGCCUUGUAUAUUUCACAACAAGCUGUAGUUGUAUCUGAUUUAUGCGAAGGACAACCAGAAACAACAAGUCAAACAAUUGCUAUAGCACAAAUAUGCAAAGGAAUAGGAACUUUACUUGGAUCCUAUUUUUCUGGUUUAAUUAAAGAUUAUACUCAAGACUAUCGACCAGCUUUUCUAUUUCUUGGUGGAAUGCAAUUUCUGGGUUUUUUAACAGUUCUCAGUGCAACAAUAUGGGCUAGAAUAAAUGCUCGUAAAAGAAAAGAAUUAGAAGUUUCUGAAAAUUUAAUACAUAGUAGUAGUAUGGGCAAUAUAUCUGAGAUAUCAUCACAUGUCAUGAAUACAAAUGCUAUCAUCUCAACAUCGUCGUCAUCAUCAAAUGAGUUAUCCGCCAAUACAAUUGAUGAAACUGUACCAGUUGUUGUGACCAAAACUGACAAUGAUAUACCUACACCACAGAGUUCAAAAAUAUAAUUGUUUAAAAAAGAGUCGGUUAUGUUGACAAAAUCUGUGUAGGCGAGGGCUUUCUUAUCCUCUGAAUGUCAACUUACUACUACUCAAACAAAAACUGAUGAUGUGACCAUUUUUUAUAGCUGAAGCAAAAAAAAAAGUCAUUUUCUAAUUUUAUUAUUAUUGUUAUUGUAAUAACACGCUAUCAAAUCUUGAUUACAACAGAUUAGUACAAAUUUUGCUUAAAUCAAUAAAGAUAAUACCAAAGGUUUAUUUUUUAACUUGCUCUGUCCCUCUAUCCAUCCAUCACACCAUUUCCCCCUCUUCAUCUUCCUACCAGAUGCUGAUUCUAGUUAUAUAUAUGUAUAUCUUUUGCUUAUCGAAUCAAAACCACCAUUCUUCCUUGUUGUUGUUGUUGUUGCUAUCGUUGUAUCGAACUGUUUUUUUUGUGUAGAGAUGGUUAGUAAUCACUGUGUGUGAUUGUGUGUGUGCGUAUGUGAGAGUUCCCUCUUCCGCCGCCUCCUUUUUAUUGUAUCAUUUUGUAUUUCGUCUUUUCCUCCUCCCCCCCUCUGUCUAUGCAUCCAUCUUUCUGUCUAGCUCUGUCUGUGUAUUGGCACACUAUGAAUCUUCAGAUAUUCCCCAGUGUGUGAAGAACUUGUCUUCCACGCCUCUUCUUCUGUUUUCAUUUUUCCUAUGUGAGUAUUUUUCAUUCCUUAUUUCUUCUAUUUUGUGAAACAUUAUUAUGAUCAUCACUGUUGUUUACAACAGAUAGAUCAAUCUCUGCGCGUGUGUGUGUGUGUAUGGUAUGCUGAUCCGUUCACCUUCUUUCAUACUUCUCAUACUACACACCCCCGUAUGCAUGCACACAAUCACACAUGCACACACACCACAUAGUCAUAUACCUACAAACGAACAAAACUACUGUACUACACACACAGCAGUAUGUGCAUGUAAAUAAGCGCAUUUUUGUUUUUCAUCUUGUCAUCAUUUCUCUUCUUCUAUUUGUCUGUUUGGCUUGUUUGCUUGUUAUUUUUAGACUUCAGUUAGCCUGUUAGACACCUUCACUCCACUCCCUUGAAAUCAGUUUACGUGUAUAGUCAGUCACAAGUGUAUAUAUAUGCAUGCAUUACGUAUAUA